AUGACGGUUGACCAGGCUCACUCACCCAACGAAUCUCACACAAAGGAUGAGAAUACCAAAAUCACUUCGCAAGAUGUAGGGCUCAUUUUCGCUCGCGAAUACUACACCUUUCUUAACAAACGACCAGAUAGGUUGUAUGCAUUUUAUGGUUCAGAUUCAUUGCUCGUUCGAGGGGAUGAGGGAGAAACAGUAUCUACAGUCAAAGGACAAGAGGAAAUCAGUAAAAAGAUUGAAGAACUUGAGUUUGACAAUUGUAAAGUCCUUGUAACCCAAGUAGACAGUCAGUUGUCAGCCAAUGAUGGUAUCUUAGUUUCCGUACUAGGAGAAAUGAGCAACAAAGGCAAACCAUCUCAAAAGUUCGCAGAGACUUUUUUUUUAGCACCUCAAUUAAAUGGCUAUUACAUAUUGAAUAAUACUUUUCGAUAUUUAAAGGAAAAAGUUGACAUCGAUUAUUACUUAUGCCAGGAGAAUGAGCUAGAAGAAACAGAGCCUCUAAAGGAUGUUCAAACAGAUGCUGCGCAACCC